UAUUACUUGUAGUAACUGUACCAGCAGAAAUUACGGAAGAAGCCAAAGCGAUUAUGAGACUUUGUCUAAUGGACGCCAAUUUUAUUGAUAGACCUGGUACUCAAAAAUUGCAAUUCAUCAGUGAACCUGAAGCUGCUGCAAUUCAUUGUAUGAAACUAUUUCGAGAGCAAUUCACGAAUAAAACAAAAUCAACAUAUAUGGUAGUCGAUUGUGGCGGAG